CUCAUGUCCAACAUCCCCAGUUCGCCGACCAGUUCCGUUGGAAACACAGAUGCAUCAUCAUCAUUGAACGCGCCAUUGCCUUCUCCUUCUAUGGACGCUGUGGGCUCCAUGGUGUUGUCUCCGUACCAAGGGAUGCAAGGGUACACCUCAGCAACCCCUGCCUUCACGCCACUCGCCAGCCCCUUGACGCAUCCUUCUCCUGGGCCGUCCUCGUCGCAAUUGUAUCCAACGUCCAGCUCGGGCUCGAAGCAUACAAGUAGCCCCGAAGAUGAAUUGAGUGUCAAGCUGAGUUCCAUCAUGAAGGCUCUCGAUGCAUGUGUGUACCUCGUUCGCCACUUCAAUGGCGACCAACAAAGCCAAAUGCAGAAAGCGGUGCACACAUAUGUCCAACGCCUUGCGGAACUCAACCUCCAUCUUCAACACAUGCCGCUCAAUCACGUAAUUCCGCGAGGCCUGAUGGCAUUUCUCGACAAUGUACCAAUGGACAACCCAGAGUUGUGGACCUUCCAACAACUGCAACAGUGCGCGACGGAUGCGGCAGCCGUUCGAGGGAAACUGCAGGCGCUGCAGCUCUUGCGCCAAGAGCUGCGCACUGGCCUCGGCCUGGACCCUCAAAUGUGAUCGCACUAAAAUUGUACUCAAUAUAUAUUAUUGAUUCGGUA